UAUUGUCGGUAUCUGGAGCGCGCAUAUUGUCAAACAAUAUAAACAUUGACCAAUUUUAUUUUGUUACUUAUUUACUUUAUAACAACACUGUCGUUUUAAUAAAUACUAUUUUUAGACUAGAAAAUCUGUUACCAUUAUGUGUUGUUGACGAAGGGAGCAUUAGAUUAGCUUAUUUACAAAUUGCGAUAAGUAUUUUGCAUCGAAUAAAAAUGUAUAACCCUGAUAUCAAUGACUAUCAGCUUACUUCCAUAAUAACAGAGUGCUGCGGAGGUGUAGCGGUUGUUUACUCAGCGCUUUACAAGCCCAACAAUCAAAAUGUCGCUAUCAAAAGAUAUUUUGUUGACAAAACGAAGGAAAACGCUAGUUUGAUACAGCAAGACAUUCUAACAAGAAAGGAACUCAACCAUGUGAACAUACUGCCAUAUCUGACCUCCUUCGUCCAUGGACGGGAGCUGUACGUGGUGUCACCCCUCAUGACGUUUGGGUCCUGCCGGGAUAUCCUGGACCGGUACUUCCAGGAGGGUCUGCCGGAGCUGGCCUGUGCCAUUGUGCUGAGGGACACGCUUCAAGCGCUACAGUAUUUGCACAAACAGUUGUAUAUUCAUAGGAGUGUUCGCGCUAGCCACGUACUGAUCGGGGCUAAUGGCGGAGUCAGACUGUCUGGUCUGCGCAGCGCCGCGUCGCUGAUGGUGCGCGGGCGCAGGCAGAGGCACUUGCACCAGCUGCCGCCGCCUGACUCCGAUAACACUAACCUUAUGUGGCUCAGUCCUGAGCUGUUGGAACAGAAUCUAAAAGGCUACGACGAGAAAUCAGACAUCUACUCUCUAGGCGUCCUAUGCUGCGAGCUGGGCAACGGCGCGGUGCCCUUCGCCGAGGUGCCCACCACGCUGAUGUUCACGGAGAAGGUGCGGGGCAGCAGGCCACAGCUGCUGGACUGCAGCACCUUCCCCGAGCCCUGUCUCGAUGAUACUGAGAUGAAGAGCAUGUACAACGGCGACAGCGGCGUGGGCGACAGCGCGGACGCGGUGUCGCGGCUGCGGCAGGUGUACGCGGGCCGCAAGCUCUCCGACACCUUCCACCAUCUCAGCGAGAUGGCGCUGCAGAGGGACCCUGACAAGAGGCCAUCGGCGACGCAACUCCUGAACCACCCGUUCUUCAAACAGAUCAGAAAGACAGACUACCUGCCCGGUCUCAUCGGACGAGUCAAACCUAUUAAACCUGAUCUUAAUGACAUGUCAGCUCUCCUCCUACAAGAAAAGUUAUCAGAGAUGGAGAUUGAGAAGCAAACCGAGUGGGACUUCUAGCGUCACCGACACGACUCACACGACAUAACCUCAUGCGAGUGUCACUCGCGGUCCUAUUGUGCGGAGUUGGUUUCAUCUGAAUCUUAAUAAAUUAGUUCUUAUUUAUUUAUAUUAAAUUCUGGUUAUUAUUUUUAUUGUAUUGUGGUGCGUUUGGACUUGGUGAAUGGCUCGGUCGUGGCUUGCUCUGAAGUCAGCCAUUUAAAACCUCGCGUAUGUGCAAUAUUGGCGGAUUGUUUUGAUCUCACUUGUAGCUAACUUCGGAUUGACAAAGUUAUUUGACGAAAACUUAGCGUGUGUGACGUUUGAGUUACAGCCCUUUCAUACGGACGCUAUGUUCACACAUACUUCAGUUUUGCAGUUCAGUUUUCAGUUUUGCAGUUAAAUGCCGGUCCCGCAAAACUGGACGAACGAUCCAGUUUCAAGUGACAAAACCGAAUUGCACAAAUCGACGGAAACCGCAUUUUGCAGGAUCCUGCAUGGGGUUUUCUCGUGUGAACACUAGCAUAUAAUAUCUUUUGCGAUCAAAAGGGAUCCUGCAAAAAACUGGACUGCCGUGUGAAAGGGCCGUUAUGAGCCGUGAGCGACGUAUUCGCUAAGUUUAAACGCACCGCACCAUAAUGUGUUAAAUGUUUCUCGUUGUAUGCUAAGUUUUAUUAAUGCAAAUUCAAUCAUUGAAAAUUUGGAUCCACUUACCUUUGUCUUUUUAUCACAUUUUGUCGAUGUUACGUGUUCUUAGUAUAAAAUAAUUUCAUAAUUAGCUAUUAAUUAAAUUCUUGUAUAAUUAUAAUGUUAUUACUCUUGUCGAUUUUCUUGUAAGCACUGACAAAAUUUAAGGUUUUAUUCUGUGUUCAGAUGCAAAACUAAAGUUCGUAGUGCAACAAUAUGGAUUCCAUUUGAACCAUUCGGAUUUCAAAACAAGUCUUCCCGAAAACAGCAUACUUAAAAUAAAACAAAAUAGAUUAAAUUUAGCUAAAAUUAAUAUUUAUAUAAUAUAUCGUAUUAUAUUUACAAAUAUUAUCAUACUGCCAUCGUAAUUGCAAUAAUGUUUAAAGAUGACUUUAUAUUUUUACAAGUGACCGUUAAAAUAUGUUGUAGUCAAUGACGCUAGGAAACUAUUAUUCGAACACUUAAAUAUAUCAGGAAUUAUAUCUAUGACUAUUAAUUAUAUAAAUAUUCAUUCUAAAUAUAUACGCUUUAUAUGCACCGUUGCCAUUGACUAAAGAUACUUAGAACUCCAAAAAAUUACAGCAGAAUAGAUUUUAAGACAUAUUAAACUUUGGACGCUACAGAAAUUUAGAUUGGACGAAUUAUGCAUUUAAGAUAUAAAGCAAAAACAUAACGCAUUUUUCUACAAACGAGUCGCCCACGUAGCGCGAAGAUUUCAUCCAUAAUUCGACUAAUAAUAGACAAACUAAAUAAUUGUAGAUGGCAAUACUAAAUGGUGUUGCCAGCUGUGAAAUUAGUUGCACAUAGAUGGCGCUGUGUUUGUGAUAACAAUUAAAUUAUGUGUUUUAUUAUAUCUGUGAAAUAUCGAUUCCUCGCUUAUGAAAAAUUGACAUCGUAAACUGAAAGAAUAAAUAGAAAAGUAAUUUAAUAUAGUAUAAUGUUUAUCUGUUAGAUGGUAGGAGGCGUAGAAGGUUAUUUAAACAUGAAUUUGUAACGUUAAUUAAAUAUAAUUAUUAGUUCAAUUAGACCAGACGUUGCCACUGUGAUUAUUAAAGAACAAUUUAUUGUUAUAAA